CACCACAUCUAGUGUUGUUUACAAGCUACAUUAGCAUCGCGCUGAUAAUAAAAUCUGACAACUAUGUGGAUACAUUUUAGCACUGCCGUGGCGCAGCAGUUUGUUUCCAAAUCUGUUCGCAUUGCGCAUGCGCAGACUGGGCUUCUUACGCUCACGUGCUUUUUCUCCGUACGACUUUAUUGCCAAUUUGUAUUCAUGAAACAAUGUUGCAGAGUGUCAUACUACAACUAACAAAGAAUUUACAUGUAUAAUAUGAAUGGCUUUUAGCAGUGUGUUAUUAGGCAUUUUGUGAGUCAUACAUUUUGUAGCACCUUUUGUUAAUUUGACCCUCGACGGACACCGUCAACGGAUGUAAAUAAUGCUGCGUUUUCUAAACGACGGAUGCACACAAGUUCCUGGGAAGUUUUGGGCGAUGUAUAACUGCUAAUAUGACCACUUUACACAAUCCUAAAACGUGGGACAUAUCUGAUUCGGAUAACGACGGCGAUGCAGCACAAGGCGAUUUAAAAUGUACCAGUCGUGCAAAGCUCGCUUUAGCUCCACCACGAUCUGAUGGCUACGAACGGCCGAGUCCGAAAACAAAACGCCGAUCCCAAGAGGAGAUGGAUGCGGAUAAGGAGAAAGCAAGAGAAAGGAAGGAGGCUAGAGAGAGAAGGCGUGCAGCUAAGGAGCUAGAGAAGGAGGAGAAGAGAAAGCAGCAACAGAAGAGGAAAGAAGCUGCAGAACAUCUUAACAGUUUGAAGCCAGAGAAUUGCCUCAAAUGUUUGACUGUCUGCAUAGAUCCAGCUCUUCUGCAACAGGAGGGCUCUGACAUUCUUCUGGGCACCUUGUCGUCAUGUGAGUGGCGAUACAGCAUAGAACAGCAGCAACUUCCUAACAGCAUCACCUGGACAAGGGAUUUACCCCAGCAGGGUGAGGAUGGCGGUGCAACAGUGGAGGAGGACCAGGUGGUACAGGUGCUAGGUGCAACCGAAUUCUUGGACAUGGUUAUCACUGUGAAAAAAACGAUUGACAGUGAAGGGGAGGAUUCUGCCCUUAGUCGUAAUGCUGUGAAGGUGGUUACUCUCUUAGUGACGGAGUCCCAGCCAGAUUACAGGAGGUGUGGUCAUGAAACAAUACAAUCAAAAUAUGGUGUGGAGAAUCUGGAUGUCGACGAGGUUCUUGUGUACCUGCAGCUGUAUAAAAACAUGUCCGUGGUCUUCCUGGAUGGCUGGCAGGAAGUCACAGACCACAUCUGUAUGGUUACCAAGUCCUUGUCCAAGCGACCAUUGAAGUUGCUCACAGACAAAGCGGAGUUGCCCUUCUGCGUGGACGGCUCGUGGGCCAGUGGGGUCCGGGUGGAAAAGGACGGCUCCGGGUUGAAACAAGUGUGGAGCAAGCAGAUCCAACAGCUGAACAGAGUGAGUCCGGCUGUAGCUUCUUGUGUGACCGCUGCCCACAAGUCGCCUCAACUGCUGCUGCAGGCAUACCAAGCCUCAGGCUCGGAGGAAGACAAAAAGAGGCUGCUGGCCGAUCUCGUAGUAAAGAGCGAAGGCAAAGACAGGCGGAUCGGGCCGGAGAUAUCUGCCAGAGUUUACCGCUGCUUCACCACACAGAACCCUGAGCUGGUCCUGGACUGAUUUGAAGGGCUGCUAGGUUACCAUGACUUGUUAAAGUGGAUUGUUGGUGUCAUUAUGCUACAAAUAUACAGCACUAUGUUCACAAUGAUAGAACUGACACAGAUCAAGUGAUUAGGGAGUCUCUUUUUUUGGGCUCUUCUAAGUAACAUCUUAAUAAUGAUUCCAUUUAUAAAUGUGCAGCUCUUGUCUGUAGGCUUUUAUUUUGUUGGAUUGCCUGAGUAAGAAAGUUCAUAAACGUAGCAGGUACAAAAAGUGUAGUAUCAAAAAGCUCUUGUUCCUGUUUUUCAUCUAAUUUGUUAAGUAUGCCUUAUACAAUAAUUACAAAACAUUCAUGAAGGGAUGGACUAGUUAUUACUGUAUUGACCCAAUAUAGGAUGCUAUAUUUUCCCUAGAAAGAAGUCAGCUGUCUUCUGUUAUAUUACUGAAUGUAGAGUUGUACAAGAGUCUGAGCUUUUCUUCCUGUCACGUGUGCGCGCACACACACACACACCAUGGACAGCAGUCUUUACUUUUGUCUUAAAAAUAUUUUUGUAAAACCUUGGUGGUCUUCAGGUUAACAUGGUAUUUGCCAUUGCAAGUUCAGGUAUAAACAGUCGAAUGACUGACCAUCUUAUUUCCAACAGGAAACGCCACAACUGACUUCCUGAUUCAAGGUGCACUUCAUGUCCAGCGACAUCUUUUACUCUGGUAAUCUUCUGGCUCAGAGCAGCAGCUUUCAUAGUCACUGCUGGAGGGAGUUGGGGGGCACUGGCAAGUACAAGGUGACAUAAAACGGGGGCAGGGCUGCAGGACUGCGUCAGGUAGCAGAUUGGUGCAGGGACCCUGCGAGCUGCAGGCGCUGAGCCUGGGGCUCGAAGGGAGGCUUGUGUCGUCCUCGGUGGAGUCACUGUGUUGGUCAGAAGCUUCCAUGCUGCUACUGCUGGUGGUGGUGGUGGUGCUAGUGAUGGAGAACACCCAGCCAAGCUGUGUGCGGAGAAGGGUGCACAGGCCCGGGGGUAACUCCAGAGCAGUUAUUACAUCAGGGCAGGCCGGAAACAUUUGGCGAAGCUGCGUGCAGCAGAGGUACUGCAAGGAGGUGGGCGUGUAACAGGAGCGGAUCACCUUCAUGCUGCUCUUAGCUGCUGUGGAGCACACCAUGGGGUACAACUUCUUGUUCUGCAGCCUGGUGGCAGCAACACCUGUGGACAUAGACCAGAUAGUAGGGUCUUUAAAAAGAACACAAUUUGCAACUGACCCUACUUGCAGGUAAUCCCUCCCAUCAGCUGUCAGGUUGUGCAAUAGUACCAAUUUUUGUAUCGCACAUGUACUAUAUGUUUUUAAAAAAUGUAAUAUGCUAAACAUGCAGUCUAAUAUAAGGCAGUAAGACCUAUUUGAAUCUUUAAUUCGCACAAACAAAAAUGUUUCUAGUGUCCGUCUUCAUUUAUAUACAGUAUUACCAUACUUCUACAGCGAAAUAUAUAAUGAAAAUAUUGAUAUGCAUAUAAAGCAUAUUGUUUCUGCUCAUCUGUAUAUUUUCAUAUAUUGUAUUUUAAAUGUAUCUAUUUACACGUCUACAUAUAGUUUUUGCACAUCUAUAUACUGUAUAUCUAUAUCGUGUGUUGGAGAACACACCUAUGCAGCGUCGAUUCUUGUAGAAGGUCAAGGUACCAUGCCAGGUGUCCAGAUGCAUUCCGAUGAUGGAGCCUUGGCCAAACUGCGAGGAGAACGUUGCCUUGUCCCCUUUGUGCUGGAAGAGACCUUUAAGGAAGAAAGAAUUUUGCAGAAAGCCUUCCCAGAAGCUAUUCUAGCUUUGGUAGUUCCCGCUAUGCAACUACCAAGCAUACUACAACACUUGAGUCAUCUACAUUCAAGGACACUUGCUGUUUUGGAGGUCAAACCUGUGUAAGAAAGCCCCCAACUGUCUUCAUCGUGGCCAAGCAAGCUUCCAAAGUUAUAUUUGAACUUCUCCAGGUUGACCUCUGAUGUUCCUAUUCCCACCAUCUACACAAAAAAUGGGCAAUCUGAUUUAGACAUGGAAAAAUACACCAUAUUGUUAAUACAUUUGCAACGGCUGCCUCCUACCAUGUCUGUGCCGUAGACCGGUGACGUCAUCUUGACUUCCCAGAAGUGUUGGCCGUCGCUGAGCUCCUUGGUGCCUCGGAUGGCGGCAGUGCCACAGCUAUAGUCCGUGUGGAAGCUCACCUUCCUGUUGUCGCAGCUGAGGAACACGCCUGAGGACUUGACCUUGUCAUCCCACACCCAUUCGAAGCCUGAGAGCGCCAUGUUGAUUAUUGUAGUGUGCAGUGGUGCACAACUGCAUCAUGCUGAGAUGUAUUGUUUAGCUUGCAUCACAUCAUGUUCAUCAUUCUAACCGUUGUCCUCCUCUCCACAGAGGCACUCCGUGGUGAUGCCCAAGCCUGCGAUCAGCUCCUCUUCUCCGACACACUGGCAGAAAGACUCCCCGACCACAGGCACCAGGCUGGGUGGGGCCUCAACCACCUCGUCGGCCUCUGCCGUCACCUCAGAGACAGCCUGUGAGGUCUCCAGUCUUCCCGUCCGCCCGAUAUCGGCAUCACCACCAAGGAAUCGGUCCCACGCCGCAUUUCACUGCAGGCCAAAUGCCGAGCCCGGCUGCUCCUUCUUCUUCUCAGCAUGGAAACUCUGUAACCAGCAGACCAUGAAAGGACCGUAUGACCAACAACACGUCCAGAAGGCAGUGUUCUCUAUAUUGAUGAUGACGCUGUUUUUUAUUUUACAGUAUACUCAAGGAAAAGAGGGAUAACCACUUUUAUCCUGAAAUAAAUGGGAAUACAACUCUAAAACAGGAUCUACGUCACAUCACAAUACUGCUACUAGGGAUUUUUCCUUACUUUUUGUCAGAAUAUGAGAGGGGAACACCGUGUGUUUUAGCAUGUCUAUUUCUAUCGCUCCCAUAUGCCACAAUUGGCAGCAGGACGCAUGUGCAUGUGUGUAACCUCUAAAGCCAACCUUCUGCUUUGCUACUGUGGCAAGAUGUCUGCUACUGCAAGUGCACAUGUGCAGAAAUGAGGUCAAGCACGCUUGAACAUCCAGACUUUUUUUCCUCUUCUUCACAUAGGAAAAUUGUUAUAUUUAGGUUCGGCUGCAUGGUGAAAACCCGUGACACAGCACUACAUGAUUACAUAUACUUGUAUGACAAAUGAGUUUCAUUAGGGUCCAUGCAUACAAGGCGCCGGUGAGCACAGCAGCUGGUGGCUGCUUUGCUUAACAGGUGCAUGAGAUAAUUGCCAACAAUUUAGAUUAGUUAGUCUGGAGCUAGUUUCGCUUUAAGUGGGCUUUAGCCUAAAUACUGUAAAUGCAUCAUCUGGACAGUUCUGACUCGUGAGCAGGGAAUAUUGUCAUGCACGUGAUAUGAACCAUUCGGAACAAAUAGUACAAUUAAAGAUAAUGUCAUAAAUCUAUAUGUCCAAAUAGUGCCUGUAUGAUAAGUAAAUGUUCCACUACAUCGCAUUACACUACGCUACGGAUGUAUAGCAUGCCUUUGCUGCAUUUAAACAGAAUGUUGUGUUCUAUUUAGUAGCGGCCUUACCUGACUGACGUCUUCUUGUACCCUGUCUUGCAGUGGCUCAUUGGACUGCCAGUGUGCCACUACUGUGUAUCCAACCUCACUGUGACAGGUGCUGGCCCACUUCUCAAGCUCUGCAGGCCAGACGUAAACAUUACUUGGCCACGCCUCCGCCUUCACCUCAUUGGAUAAUAUCUUUGUGGGGAGGAGGUUGAAUUUGAGUGACGAGGUUCCAUAGUUGACCCUGUAAUACUGCAAAUGUUGGUUAUGAUUUACAUGGCCAGUAUCGCAGAUACAGAUACUUUUUACUUGACAUUUUUAAAGCUCCUUGAAUGAUUUUGCCUUUAAUUUGUUGAUGAUCAUAAUCAGACUGAAAUACAAGACAACGAUUUUAAGCACAAAAAAUAUAUUUGUGACCAAUUUAACAAAAUAUAAACGGGCCUGCAACAAUAUAGGGCAAUGUAACCAUGUAACAAAAUAAUACAAUUAUUCCCUUGGAAAAUAACUAAACAACAGCAAAAACUCAUUUUGUUUUUUUGUGUUUUUGGUUUGGUGUCAUUUAAACCCUUUGACACCAAAGCCCCUGUAAAUGUAACGAUAUCAACAACACAACAAAAACACACAGAUAUUUGUGAAAAUAAACAUACAGUGCAUCUGGAAAGUAAUCACAGCGCUUCACUUUUUACCCAUUUAUUUUAUGUCACAGCCUUAUUCCAAAAUGGAUCAAAUUCCUUUUUUUCCUCAAAUAUUCUACACACAAAUGCGAAAAAGAUUUUUUGAUUAAAAUACAAUUUUUAUUUUUAUAGGUU